AUGGCCGGGCAACCCCAGCAACGGCUUCAUCUUCGAGUGGCGAGGCCAUGCCGCCCAGCGCCUUUGUCGAGACCCGGGAAGUGGCUGGGGAAAUGCUGGGCACCAGCCCCCUGCCGGAGAUGGGGGAUAAACGCGCUGAGUCGGCUCGGAGGAGAGCUUGCCGAUGUCGAUGCCCGCCUCGAGACGGAGGGCCUCCGCUUGGCGCGCGAGUGGCACCAGUUGAAGGUCGCCAUCAACCUUGGGCACCUUCAACACGAGCGCGCCCGCGCGAGCACUGCGGUAUCCCUUGCAGCUUCUCGUGAAGCCUGUGCCCAUGCACAGGAGGAAGCCCGGGCCACCGACUGCCGUUGUGAGGUGGCCGAGAGACGAGAGCAGGAGCUUCACACUUCGAACGCCGUCCUCGAGCGGCAGAUCCAGGCGCGCAGGGCUGCCCUGGUGGCACUACCGAGUGAGGCCCCCUCUGAUGAGGAGGUUCAGGAGCGCGAGGAGGCGCUGGCGCUUGAGGUCUUGGAGCACAGCCUGGCGCUCGAGCAACUAGAGGUGAGGGAGCACCAGGCAGCCGCGGCUGAGGACGCCGUCACCGCUCGGGAGGCCAGGAUCCAGCAAGAGGCCGAGCUUGAGGGUAGAACCUCCGCCCUCAGGACGAAGCUGGACGCAGCAGAGCAGCGCGAAAGGGACGCCAAGGAGGCUCAGGCCUCCGCCCAAGCCGACUUGGCCUUUGCUCGUGCCGACCUAUCCUCACUUCAGCAGUUGGUUGAGGUCGUCACGUCCCUCGCGGAGAAGACUGAGAGCGAGGAUAAUCAGGCGGGAUGGGUGGACGACCUGCUCGUGGAGUUCGCUCUUGAAGACAAUGUGGUCGUGAUUGCGGCCGAGGGAGGUGGUGCAGGUGAUGACGACGAGGACGACGCCAGGGACAAUGCUGGUGGUGCGGAUGAUGACGAUGACGACAACGCCGGCGGCAGCGUACACGGCUAG